AUGGAGGUCGACGAUAUUUUAAAAGACUUUGAGUCUUCAGUUCGCCCGCAACUGAAAACCGAGGAGCAUACACUAGAGGAGGAGCUUGUACAGGCGAUGAUCAACGAGAGAAUGGCCCCAGAGCUUCUUCCAUACAAGCAUCAACUCAUGGACACAGUUCUCCUGCGCAUCCAGAGCCAGCAGCAGUUUCUCCUAGAUUCCCACGAGUAUGGUGACUCGAAUGCUGAAGCGGGUGUGGUUUCUUCGGACUACAAGCUUCGACUUAUGAUUAUCGAGACAGACAUAGAGAGAAUCAGUUACAUUAUCCGACUUUAUAUCAGAACAAGACUCAGCAAGAUAGAGCAGUUCACUAUUCAUUACAUUAAUGAGACAGCAGAGGAACUGAAUGCGUCGAAUUCGAGGCUCUCUGCUCAGGAAAGAUCGUAUAUGCAUAAAUUCUUCCAGAUAUUGACUCAGUUAUAUAACAAUAGUUUCCUAAGGAACAUGCCGCAAGAACUAGCUCUCUUGGAUGAUAACCAAGAUUUUGAGAAUAUGGUCACCAAGCCAGACUUGGACAGGCCAGUUUUCGUGAAGGUCUUAUCUUCGGCGCCAAUCGAAAUCAGUUUGGGUGAUGAUGAAGUAUUGGUUUUAGAGAAAGAUGGAAUUUACGUUGUCAGGUACCGUCUCAUUAGGGUAUAUUUGGAAAUAGGUGACGUGGUUCUUAUAUAA